GGCUUGAGGAAGAAAGGUGCACAUGGUCAUCACAGUCUUCAGAGCUGUUGACAUCAAUUCCUAUUAUCUCUCUGUGUCUGGUGGAUCAGGCUUGAUAAAAUGUCCCUCUUGUCACCAAGAAUCACUGUUUUCUUCAUCAUGGUCUUGGUAUUUCCUUUUUAUUCUGGAAAUGCCUCUAUAAAUCCAUUCUAUCUCGAAUCUUUGUCCUUAUGUCUACUGCGUGAUAACCCUGCACCAAUGUGCCUCAGAAACUAUGAUCCAGUCUGUGCGACCAAUGGCAAGACUUAUUCCAACAAAUGUGUUUUCUGCAUUGCCAGAAAAGAAACUGGUAACAAAAUUCAUUUGGCUCACUAUGGUAAAUGCUGACUUUUGGUGGAGUUAUAUAUUUGGAGGGGUUUUUAUUGUAAUACCAUUUUGCAGUGGAUUCUACAGCCAAUUAGAGUUUUUGCAAUCAAAGUCUUAAAUUCCUAGAAACCCCCCGGUGAAUCCUCCUGUUGAAAACAAGAUGGAAUAUUGGACAUUCAAAGUUCUUUACAAUUCUAAGAUCCUGGGAUUUCAGGGCUUUAAUUCUCUAUGUUCAAAUAUUCAAUGAUCACUUGAAAAGGUAAUAUAUGAAUCGUAUGUUUGAAAACAUAUAAUCUAAUCAAAUUAAAAUCCUAAAUGAUUUUGCUUAAUAGAAUGUUAAGUGGUAUUAUUUUUAAUAAAAUGUCACUUAUACCUUUGGCUGAAUAGCGGGUAAAUGCAAAUGCAUACUUUUGGUAACUAUUAGGAAAAAAAUUUGGAGGUAAAAAUUUAAUUUCCAAAUACCAUAUUACAUGCAUAUUUGCAAGUAGAGAUAGCUGGGAUCUUCUCUUUCCCAAAGAAUCAAAAACUCUUAUGCAGAGUUCCAAUUAUAGCUAUUAAGAAUAUUCAUUUCUUCUUUUUGUAAUACUUAAAAUGCACUUUAUUCAGAAUUAAAUUUUUGUGUAUACACUAUGGCUUUAAUUAAGAAAUAUAAACAAAAACUAAUAGAGGAUAAUAUACCAAAUAUAAAAGUUGUUGUUUCUUGGUGAUGGAAUUAUAUGUUUACUUUUCCAACUUUCUGAAUCUUUCAUCUUAAUAAGAAACAUGUAUUGAUUAUCAUAAGAGAAAAAUAAUCCUCAAUAAAGCAACAAAAUAGCUAAA